ACCCCGGGUAUCGUCCGUCACGUUUCUACACUCUACCAGACCUCAUCAAUCUUGCAAAAAUUCUCUUUUGCUGAUUACGAUUGCUGAUCAAGCAAUCAUCGCACUAUCCUCCGAUAUGCGUCUUGCUCUAGGCUGAAAUUCACGAUGGAUCUCCUCGACGGUGCGGCUUGUUAUAAAGCGAACCACUGCGUUCCAUUGCAUGGAAGGAUAAUACCCAGGUACUGAUCUAUCAUCACUCUACUAUUCGACAAAACUUCACUAUCAAAAUCAUGCCAGCCUCCACCUUUAAGAACAAAGUCACCAUCACCCACAUCGGCACCGCUACCGCCAUCCUCGACAUCGACGGCAUCACCUUCCUCACCGACCCGUUCUUCUCUCCGGCGGGCACCGAGUUCAAUGGAUCUGCAGCUGUUCUGAAAGUCCACGAUGACCCAGCUCUGAAGCUAGACCAACUACCCCACAUCGACGCCAUCCUCCUAAGCCAUGAGAACCACCCCGAUAACCUCGAUGACUUAGGACGUCGACUCGUCGACGGCCGCCACGUUGUAACCACCAACGAUGGUGCGAAGAAUCUCGCACCGCGGCCGAGUGUCCUCGGGUUUAGUGACUGGCAAGAAAGAGACGUGCGCAUCGCAGGGACGACAUUCCACAUCACCGCUACGCCUUGCAAGCACUGGCCCGGGCACGAAUGUGUCGGCUUCGUCCUGCAUACCGAAAGCUUUGGAGUCUCAGCCGACGGCCGUCCGAACGCGAUCUAUUUCUCCGGCGACACAGUCUAUAUUGAAGAGCUUGCAAAGAUUGCGGACAAGUAUCACAUCACUGUCGCUAUCCUGAAUUGCGGUAAAGCUACCUUUUAUGAGUUUACCGAGGAGGGUAAGCCGGGGCAACCAGGUGAUGCUUUACAGAUCACCAUGGAUGGUCGGCAGGCGGCUCACCUCCUUAAGGAUCUGAAGGCUGAUGUACUGGUACCAAUGCAUUAUGAGUCGUGGGAUCAUUUCAAGCAGGGUGGUGAGGGACUUGCUCAGGAGUUAAAGGAAGAGGGAGUUUUGGAGAAGGGAGGAUUGAUAGCUUGGUUAGCAGUCCUCGCAUUCUUCCUCGCUAUCAUGAACACAUGGGGCAUGAUAAUCUCCUUCGGCGUCUUCCAAACCUACUACGUCACCACACUCCACCAAACCCGCUCCACCAUCGCCUGGAUCGGUUCCUUAGCCGUCUUCCUCCUCUUCUUCACUGGUAUCAUCAGCGGGCGUCUCACAGACGCCGGUUACUACCGCUCUGUUACCUUCACGGGCGCCCUCCUCGUCGUCCUCGGCACAUUCAUGACUUCCCUUAGCGAAACGUACUGGCAAGUUCUCCUCGCGCAAGGCGUGUGUACGGGGCUGGGGAAUGGGUGUUUGCUUACGCCUAUGUCGACGCUUGUUACGAGCUAUUUUAAGAGGAGGCUGCCGCUUGUUACGGGAAUUGCGGCGUGUGGGAGUGUAACCGGGGGGUUGGUUUAUCCCAGUAUGGUGAGGACGCUGUUGCCGAGUGUGGGGUUUGGGUGGACGUUGAGGGCGAUUGGGUGCAUCCAGUUGGGGACGUUUGCAGUUGCGUUGGUGUGUGGGAGGAUGAAGAAGGUGGUGAGGAAGGCGGGGCCGCUGCUGGAUGUGAGCGUGUUUAGGGAGACGGCGUUUAACUUGCUGCUUGUGGGGUCUUUUCUGGCCUUCCUCGGUGUAUUUUUCCCAUUCUUCUUCCUCAGUUCCUACGCGCGAGAGAAACGAGGAAUGUCCUACACCGACUCCCUGAACCUCACCCUCGUUCUUAACGGCAUCGGAUUCGCAGGUCGACUGCUGCCCAGUCUGAUCGCCCGAUACUGCGGCACGAUGAACGUCUACAUCACCUUCAUCUUCUGCUCUGCACUCUGCAUGUAUACCUGGAUACCGGUACGCUCCACUCCAGGGCUCUACGUCUGGACAACUUUCUACAGUCUGUCUGUAGGCGGAGUGCAGUCACUCUCCUUGGCGAUUGUUCCUAUCAUCAUCUCAGAUACGUCGAAGAUGGGAGCUUCCUUCGGGAUCGUGUUCGCGGCUAUUGGAGUUGGCGCGUUGAUAGGCUCGCCGGUUUGUGGCGCUAUCAUUACGUCGAGCGGUGGCUCAUAUACUGGUGCUCAGGCAUUCUCGGGGACCGUGUUGGUUGCUGGCGGGCUCAUUGUACUGGCUGCACGCGAAGCGAAAAGGCGGCAGAAACAGGAAGAUGUCUGGGUGAAGAUGUGA